UUUUCGUGGCCGUCCCUCGACCCCCGCCGACCAUGUCGUUUCCAGUCCAUAAUUAAAUUUAAUUUGUCAUGAUAUAUCGAGUAUAAUCUAUACACCUUGGUGUGCUUGCGUAGUUGCGCAGGGGAAGUAGAUUGAGUACCCAGUUGGUCUGCUCCUCAUCAUUAUUAUCUAUAUACUGUAAACACGAAACGUCAUUGAUAAGUGAUAGCCCGCUGGACGUAAUAAUAAUAUCUUACUAUUUAUAAUACUAAUAUUCUGGAAUACUCCAACUCGAAUAGUCGGAACAGCUGCAGCUGAUGUCGGAUAGCACUCGCCAGUCAACAGUCGGCACUCAGCACUCCACUGAGCAGUCUGGUUAAUCUGUUGAUGGCAUCCGUGGCGCUCUGGCAGUCGUUUGGUGUGGUAUACUAGUGUAGUAGUGUGUACAAACUACGAAUUGUUGAAACGUGAAAGGUUUAAAGCAGCAAUCAUGAAGUGUUCAGACUGUGGUUCUUUGAACCUCGAUUCCAGUGAUGGACCAACAGUAUGCAUGGAUUGCGGUGGAGUCAUGGACGAAUCACAUAUUGUCUCUGAAGUCCAAUUCGAAGAAACUGAUCAUGGAUCUCGUGCUGUUGGACAGUUUUUAUCAUCUGAUUCUCAAGCCGCAAAUUUCCAUAACUUUGGUAGCGCUUUCCACCAUGGCAUGAAGCAACCGUCUCGAGAAAUGACUCAAGCCAAAGCUAGACGUGGUAUACAAGUAUUAAGCAACAGUCUCAACCUUAGUCCUCAAACCUUGGAAAACGCUUGCGUCUAUUACAAUAUGGCAUUGAAAAGGCACUUUACUCGAGGCAGAAAGAAUGCCUUAAUCUAUGCAGCAUCUGUUUAUAUAGCGUGCCGUAUGGAAGGCACUAUGCACAUGCUAUUAGAUGUAGCUGAUGCUAGUGAAGUUAAUGCAUUUGAACUAGGAAAGACAUACCUGAGAAUGAUGCAAACAUUGACUCUGACAGUACCUAGUCUUGAUCCCAGUAUUUUCCUUAUGCGUUUUGUUAAUUCUCUGGAUUUUGGUGAUAAAACCCAUAUUGUGUAUACGACAGCAAUGCGAUUACUGCAAAGAAUGAUGAGGGACUCAAUUCAUACAGGUAGAAGACCGUCCAGUUUAUGUGGUGCAGCUUUGUUGAUUUCAGGGCGUAUGCAUGAUUUUAAUCGUACUACUGAUGACAUUAUUAAAGUUGUUCACUGUCACCAUGCCACUUUGAAGAAACGGUUAUUGGAAUUCAAAGACACACCUUCUAGUAUGUUGUCAAUUGAAGAGUUUAUGACUGUUGACUUGGAAGAAACCCACGAUCCUCCAUCCUAUCGAGUAGCUCGUGCUAGAGAUAAGGAGCGCAUAGACAAGUUUUUUGAAGCAAACGAUAGUGAAAAAGUGAUAGAUGAAGUAAAAACUGCAAUUGAAAAAGAACUAAGUAAGAAAAAAAAUACUACCGUUUUAGGUGUCAACUUGGUUGAAAUUGCAGCAGCAGCAUCCCCUGAACCAGGAAGCAGUUGCAAACCUGUCAAUGUAGGGCCUUCGUUAGAAAUUAUGGGUUUAUCUGAAAAUAAACGGUCUUAUGAAGAAGACGACGAAGAGGAAUCAUUGUGUGAUGUUGUAAUAGAUGAAGAUGAAAUAGACUCUUAUAUUCUAUCUAAGGAAAGCCAUCAAAUUAAGAGAAAUAUGUGGAUGAAAAUGCAUGGUACUGCUUUCAGAAAGAUGCAAUUGAGCAGGGAAGAAAGAGCUAAAAAUCCAAAGGUUAUCAGAGCUAAAGAAAAAAAAGCCAAAAAUGCAUUACGAACACCAGCAAAGACGGCGGCUGAAGCUGUAGAACGAGUUUUGAAAAAGAAAAAACUAUCAUCAAAAAUCAACUACGACAUACUUGACAAUCUUGACAGUUUUGUUAAUUCUGAUUCCUCAUCUUUACCUGGACUAUAGCUUGUUUUAUAAUAAUAUAACUUAUGAAUUAGAUUUUGUUAUAUUUAGUUGCUAAAUAAAUUAGACAUGUAAAUACUAUUUUUUUAAGCAUGUACACAUUUGUAUAAGAUAUAAAAUAAUGUACUCCAAAACGAAAAGAACUGGAUGAGUUGAUAGUAUCACAAGCUCUAAUAUUUUCUGUAUAACAUGCAUUUAUUAAAAAAAAAAAAGCUUUUACAUUCUGUAACAAACUCAAUAAGUUAUAUUUUUAUUAAUUAUUAAGCAAUUAUUUUUAAUUUAUGAGAUUAUAACAUUCAUGAUAUUGUGUAUUAUA